CGUAGGAAACGUCACAGGGACUGUUCCCUUCGUUGUAGGCUCGGUCGUUGUCAGUUGGUGUGUAUGCAGUGAGUGCAGCACUAUAGAAAGAAAUGGAAAAAGAAUUGUGUGAAGCGGUGCGGAGAGGUGACAUUCAUUCAGUAACGGGUUUUUUGGAUAUGGGUGUUGAUAUCAAUCAACGUGAUGAGGAUGGAAACACUCUUCUGAUACAAGCGUGUUGGAAGAAUAAGAAGGAAAUGGUCAAGUUGCUGCUCACUAAUAAACUAACAGAUGCUAAUGGGACUGGCAUUUUUGGGUGGACACCUUUGAUAACAGCAGCAAGUAAUGGGUUGUACAACAUCUUUGAUAUGUUAUUGAAGACCAAAGAUAUUAAUGUGAUGAAGGGAGAUGAUGCGGGAAUGACAGCCAUCCAUCAUGCUGCAAUGAAUAAUCACGUGACCAUUGUAGACAGUCUUGUGUCGUGUUCUGUUCCUGUUGAUAUCAACGAUAAUGGUGGUUGUACACCACUGUGGUGGGCUGCCUGUAAUGGUGAUGUGUGUUGUGUUGAUGUUCUCCUAAAACUUGGAGCGAGUCCCCUACAUGAGAGUAAGUUGGAAGGAUCACCACUUGAGAUUGCCAAGGAAAAGGGUCACAGUGAUGUGGUUGAGAUGAUGGAAGAAGCCAUAAGAUUAAAGACACCAAAGAGAGAGGAGCACGUAGCUACAGUGAGGAAACAUAAACAUACAGUGACGUUACUGAAAAGACAGUUGGCAGAGAAAGACGUGCAAUUACAAUCAAAGAGCAAAGAAGUGGCAGAGAAAGACAUGCAAUUACAAUCACAGAACAGGAAGGUGGCAUCUUUGGAAACACGAUUGGCAAGAAUCGGAGACAUAGCUAAUGUUGAGAGUGAUGAGGUUGUGGAAGAUGAUGUGACAGCAGCCAGAGUUGAAUCUACUGCUAGCUCGUUUGCUCAGUCAACAGAGGAUGAUCAUAGACAAGAUUCGUAUUCUCGUCGAGUUCUGCGGGCAAUUCAAAGAGUUGGCUCUACCAGAUGGUAUGCACUCGGUCGUGAUUGUGGACAAACAAAUGAUCAGCUGCGAGAAUUCACUUUUCUGGUCAAUGAUUGUGAUAAAGUUCAAGCUUUAUUUGAUGUGAUGGCACAGAAAGUAGGAGGGAAACGAGCAGCAGACAAACUACUGGAUGCGUGCCAAACCAUGCAAAAUCCAAUAUUUGCUGAAGUAGAAGAAGUGAUGGACAAAAUGUAAUUUGGGAAGAUGAAUAAACUAGGGAAGGUGUUUUUGUAUUGCAUAUUAAUAGUGUUAUUGUAGUUAAAUGUCCUCAAUUGUGAUUUGCUGUCAUUUUUAAUCCGAACGUAGCAGUCUAGUGAUUGUGUACAAAAGUGAAGACAUCAAAUGCGUUUGUAUGCUUCUGGUCAAUACUUACCUAUCAAUACAUUAGGUGUGUGGGUGUGUGGGUGUGUUGAAAUACUAGACACGAU